GACAGACAGACAAAAACCUUCUAAGAAUCAGAAGAGAAAAUGACUCAGGAACUUGACAUCAGCGUACUAAAGGGAUUGGAACGACAAGUUGUUUUAGAUGUCCUCAACCGUGAUCAGAUGUUGAGGAAGGUGGAUGAAGAACGAAUAAGGAAACUGAAGCUGCAGUUGCAGGAACUUCGAUGGAAAGGGACAAAAAACACAAACCUGGAAUAUAAGUCUUGUGCCCGCUGUCAGAAACCUCUUGGAGUGCUAAUCAACAGAGGUGCAGUGUGCAAUGGGUGCAGUCAUCAAGUAUGCUCCAGAUGUCGCAUCACUUUGAAUCGCUACCUGUGGAAAUGCACUGUCUGCUACGCUCAUGAGGAACUUAAAGUGAAAGCAGGCGAGUGGUUCUUUGAGCAGCGAUCAAAGAAAUUUCCAGCUGAAGGUAGACAUGAAACUGCUGGUGCAAAGCUCUUGGACUCUUAUCAAGCACUACUAAGUAACAUAUCAGUGGUUCCUCCAACUCCCCCUCCAUUUGCUGAAUCCACAAGUGAACAUAAUACAGUGGAACUUGACCAGACUAAAAGUUUCCACAGGUCUAUGGAAAAUCUGUUUCUGACAUUUACAUCCCAUAUAAAAAAAAUAUCAAAGUCCCAGAAUGAUAUGACAGCUGAGAAAGGGUUGCUAACAACAGAUUAUGGGCAAGCAAUGGAUCCAAAGAAGGAGAGGAGAAGCCAGUCUGAUACUGCCAUUGAUAUUUCAUCCAGGGUAAAUGAUACCCCAAGUCUUCAACGGCUCACAAGUGGAGAUCAAGGUGUCAAUGGAGUUGCUGCCAAAAGGAAAUCCAGUGAAGAGCUAAUUUCAUCCAGUGCCAUAAGUGACCUAUUUUCUUCAGGAAAAAUAAGUGGCAGUUUAUUCAGCAUUAACAGCACUUGCACUGAGGCUGGCAACUUUGAGCAAGCUGAUGUCAGCGGUGAGAUAGAUGUUGCCAUCAGAUAUCUCUUCAAAUCUGGCAUAUUAGAGGUAUAUAUCAGAGCCUGCAAGAACUUGGCUUAUGGAGAGGAGAAAAAGAAAAAAUGCAAUCCGUACAUCAAGACUCGCUUGCUGCCUGAUAAAUCUUCUCAGAGUAAACGGAAGACCUCUGUCAAAAAGAACACAUUGGAUCCAACCUUCCAAGAAACAUUAAAGUACAAGAUUGAAUACUCGCAGCUGGAAACCCGACAACUGCAAAUAUCUGUAUGGCAUGCUGGAACUUUCAGACAUCGAGUAUUCCUUGGAGAAGUGGUGAUUCCAUUUGAAUCUUGGGAUUUUGAAGACAGUUCAACUCAGUCAUUCAGCUGGUAUCAACUCAAAGCAAAGCCCGAAAAGCCUGGAGAUAAUGUACUCCAGUACAGUGGAGAACUUCUGGUGCGUGCAAAGCUGGUUUCACCUUCCCUACGUAACAAGUUCCAGUAUGGUGAGCAUGAGAAAGAAAAUACAAAGCACUGGAUGGAAGACAGAGCAUAUCCUGAGUACCAGCUUCAACUUCUAGUUCUUGGAGCCCACAACUUGCCUAUGCUAAGACCUGAUGGCCUAUUGAACGCAUUUGUUAAAGGCUGCCUUUGCAUCCUGGGGCAACGUGACUUAAAACAAAGGACUCCUGUGCUGAAGAAACAAGCCCAGCCACAAUGGAACCACUUGUUUGUCUUUAAUGGGGUUACCGCAUCUCAGCUGCAGCAAUCUUGUGUGGACUUAACUGUCUGGGAUCAAGCACCGUUUGGUUUACGUGAUCAGUUCUUGGGCGGUGCAAGACUCGGAAAAUAAACAUCAACCGGUACAGUGGAUGCAACCUCCCAAGCAUGUCUUCAGUGGGAAAAGAUGCUCAGCAGCCCAGACACAUGGACAGACAUAGCACUUUCACUGUAUCCUAAUGCUCCUGUGUUUAAAUUCUGAAUGUUUCUUGCCUUAACAUAUGGAAAGCUAUGUGUAGCUUUGGUCAUUGCCUGCUCAGACAAGUAUAGUAUGCCAGUUAUUUUAACCCCAAGAAAUGUAAACCAUGAAAUGUAUGUACGAAAAUAACAAGGAAGGAACAGCUUUCUUGAUCUCUGUGUAUGUCAGGAGCUUCACAGCAAGUCAGACUGGAUCUGAGGUUCUUUCACACAUGCACAAACACCAGAAGUGUAAACUGCAAAUUUAGAGUUCACCUAUUUCUCUGGGAAACUAGUUGGGUAUCUUAGCCAGAGCAGCAGGCAUGAUUUCCUGGCACAAUUCAAGCAAUAGAAAGGUUAGACUGGGAAUUUAAUGCUGCUGUUGAUGAACUAUUUCAUGGUUGCAUCUCUUUUUGCAAACUCUAAAGGCUAGGACUAAGCAAUGCAAGAAUGUUUGCUGUAAUACCCUUGUUCAUUUUCACUGCUGCCUGCUUCUCUCUCUCAUAACCAGCCCCAACCUUUUUCUUUCUCCAUAUUUCUAUUCUACUUUGAUAGUCUCAGCUUUGUUCUAAAUCAAUCUGGCUAUGCCUGUAAAUUCAGCAGCACUGUGCACCAAUUACUUGAGAUGACGUCUAUAACUGCAGCCAAAAUAUGUUAGCAUUUGGACAAACUAUUCUUUCUGUUUGUCAGCAUCAAAGAACAGAACUCCUCCAAUGAAAGUUUGAGAUAAAUCUGAUUUAUUGGUAUCUAAUCUACAGAAGUAAAAGAAAACCCCAAUGUAUGGCAUUUUAUCUAUGCAUGUAAUUAGUUGG